GGUGUCGCAUUCGGUAACACGAUGGCACCCCACCCUCCAACUUCACAUCCUCACCUUCCUUCUCCCCACCGACUAUCCCCAGUACCUUUGUAUCUCUAUCCCUCUAUUUGAAAUCCUGUUCCUGUGCGUGAAAGACCCAAGAUGAGCAGCCGUCCUAGCGCCAUCAAGCGCCGCCCUAGCACCGUCCGCAAUAUGGAGUGCUUCCAUUGGUACCCCGACAACUACAAGGUCGCGUAUCAGAACCAGCUCAACAUGACCCAGCUGCACCAGCUCCUGGCGGACGAGGAUCAGCGCGUCAUCUUCGUCUACGGCUGUCUCAAGCUUCCCACCGUCCUGCGCGCCUAUUGUGACCAACCGGACAGUCUGCAGUUUGCCCGUAGGAUGCAGCCGGCCCGGGCGGUGGGGUACAGGCUCUACGAGCGGACUCCCAACGGCGCCCCGUUCAUGGUGUUCACCGGACAGGAGCACGAUGUUGUCGAAGGCAUGGUCGUGUUCGCGAUUGACCACGAGGACGCCAUCACCAUGAUGCACGGUGAGAGCGGCGGGAUGGACGCUUGUCUGAUCGAAAUCGAGGCGGUCAUCGUUGAGGACGGCUCCGGCCUGGCCGAUCGCUGGGUCGAGGUGACCUACGCUCUGAAGGUGCACGCCCUGGUCUGGAACCGCAGUCUGGAGGGGAUGCACUGGAAGGGUGUCACCGAUUGGGCCGUCGACCUGUUUCUGCGCUCCGAGCAUUAUGACAAGUUCAGACGUCCCGGCGAGCUCGUGUCGGAGGAAACCAUCGACCCGGUGUUCCGCCUCUAAGCUCCAACUCUCGGCUCUAGCUUUUGAAUGUCGCUGGAUCAGGUACAACUUCAUUGGAUGCGUGCAUGACUACUGGUUUAAGAUCUGACUGCUUUCCCGUCAUCGGUCUGCGACCUUUCUUCGAGACAACUUCCACAUGUCCUAUCUGACAUUUCUACCUCCGGGUCUGCGACCUAUUCCUUAUUCCACAUUGCCACAGGUUGACUCUGCAUGGCGUUUGAUACUCAUUUACGCUACGAUGCGAUACGAUACGAUGACGAUUUGAUGCUCAUUCACGAUGUGAUGACGCUUACGAUGAUGAUAACGACAUUGGCACGAUCUGAUGACUGCUGGUUCUUAGCGACACCUGAUUUUUAUCUAUCACAUGACGUGACGGGGCAUCU